AUGAGAAUCCUCACAAUUCUCCUAAUUUUUGCCACAUCAUCAAUUCUGUCACAAAUGUUUCCUGACGUACAUAUGUGGCCUGCGUCUAGUCGAAGAAUCGACAGAAACGAAUAUUUGGUAUACCUUCUGAAUAUGGAAAAAUCACUUCCCGAUCCUUCAGCCGAAUCGCUCGCCAGAUUUCUGAUCGAACCCUUCGUAUUUGUAAAUCGCAAUUGUUUGGGGAAAACCGAGAAUUUGACAUUCACCAAAAUCAUCGAACUUUAUAAUGAGCAAUACGAGAUAAUGCGAAAAGAGGGAACAUUCAAAGAGCAUGACACUGAGGCUGUGGCUAAACUCAAACAUUCGCGAUUUCAAGAUCGAAAAAUUGUUGCAAGAGUUGCAGGACAUCAGCCAGCAUUUCGUGCUGAUAGAUAUGCAGAGCUGAAAUAUUACAUGGGUAAGAAUAUUGUGGGGACUGAGGUGGGCCUCACUUUUGAGAUGGAGUCUAUAAAUGCGACCACGAUUUAUACCGCUCAAUAUUUUCCCUGUCAUGAUGAGAAGGUGAAUACAGAAUGUCAAAAUAUUUAUCUGACCAAGGCGGAAGUUAAGUGUCACUAUCCGUAA